CGUAUUCCCUAUAGGAUAUAUCGAGGCCAUGUAUUGCUAAUGCCAUCAGCUUCAAUUUACAGUUUCUCUGCAACAAUGUCUCGGAAUUUCAUCGGACUCUGCAAACUCUCUCCUUAUAACCAUGCCCUCAUACACAAGUGGAGCUUCCGUUUGUUUUCAUCUUCCUUAACCACUCCGUAUUUAACGCUUGGCACUACGGUCAAGAAUGAUCUCCCGGACGGUAGCGACAUAAGAGAUAUCCUCUUGUUUGAUCCAGCAAAGGAAGAGAUGCUUACAAUUCCGAACAAAACAUUCCCCGAAGAGCUCGUUGAUUCGAGACAGAUAGGAAGUGGACGUGGAUGGGGAGUUUUCUCCAACGAUCAUGAACGUUCACUAUGUAUAAGCGACCUUUACAAUCAUUCCUUGGCUUCCAAGUCAAACCCAACAAUGAUUCCUCUGCCUUCACUUGCUUCUGUACACUCUAACCAAAUAAACGUAGUCUGGAACGUGGCAAUGUCAUCAUCUUCUCCUCGUGAUGAAGACUUCGUGGUUGCUAUCAAGUUGUUGGAUAGACAACUCAGUCUAUGUAGACCACAUUGUGACGUGCGUUGGACUAACCUCGGGGAAAUGCUUUUCGAGAAUAACUUGCAGAAGUUGGAGAACUCAAACCUGAUGUAUUCCAAGAGAGACCGUAGAUUCUACUUGCCUGGUCCUGGAGGCAACUCCUUGUACUCAUGGGAUCCCCAUUUGAAGAAGAACAAAAGCCCUAAGAUCCAUGAGUUGCUCUUCCGUGACCUUCCUGAGUUGGAUGAUUCUGAGUGGAAGCUGUUGGGUUGGUGUUGCAGGACGGAACACCUUGUGGACUCAGUCUCCAAUGGCGAACGUUUCCUUGUCAAAUGGUACGCGCAACGUUUCUUCUCGAUGAGUCAUGAAGGAACUAACUACACGACGAGGCGGUUCAUGGUGUUUAGAGAGAAGACGACGAUGGAAGGAAGAUACAUGUAUUACACAGAGGACAUUGGAGAUGUGUGCAUAUUCCUUUCAAUGAGCGAGGCUUUCUGCGUGGAGGCCAGCUCGUGCCCCGGUCUCAACCCUAACUCCAUCUAUUUUAUAGGCCAUGGCUUUGGUAUUUACAAUCUCGCUGACACAACGUUCCAUCAUUUUCAAGCUCCUGAAGGUGCACCCACUUCUUUCAAAGACCCUUACUGGCUUCCUCCAUCUUGCGUAUAG